AUGGAUCCUAAUCACAAGUUUGGCUCUGAUGAUGGUGAGGGUCUAAAGGAUGUUCAUUCCUACAGAAGCUUGAUUGGGAACUUGUUGUAUUUGAUAGUCACUAGGCUAGAUAUUUCUUAUGCUAGUGGAGUUCUCAGCCAGUUUAUGCAAUCUCCUUGUAAGUCUCAUUGGGAUGCAGCCAUUCGGAUUCUUCGAUAUUUGAAGGGGGGCCCUGGGAAGGGGUUGAUUUAUCGACCUAAUAAGCAUAUGGAGCUUGUUGCCUACUCUAAUGCAGAUUGGGUAGGUUCAGCUAGUGACCGUAGAUCUACUACUGGAUAUUGCACGUUCGUUGGGGGAAAUCUAGUAACAUAG